CAGUCCUACGCGAACAGGUACCGCCGUCCAGGGUGGCGCUCGCAACGCGGGACGCUCAUGGGCCCAGGUGCUGUGGCGGGCGUCAACAUCAUCAGCGGGAUGUGGAAGCAGAGCGGGACGGGCAGCGCCAUGCUCGGGGAUGUGCUGCAGCAGUGGGACGAGUCUCACGAUCAUAUGGAGGAGCUGCGUCGUCUAUUCCGGAAUGACUUAAACUCUCUCCGCACGUUUGCCAGGAAGUCGCGCGGUGAGAAGCGGGCCUUGGCUGGGGAGCUAUGCGAUGCUUUGGAGCACCUUCUUGGUAUGUCUGAUGCAGGUUUGCAGUUUGUGUACUGUGAGAUAGCAAAGGUCGUCACACUUAACUACAACCUUCACAAGCGGUACUGGCGCCUGAGCAAGCUCCGCGGCGACGUGGGCAACGCGGCCGGCAGCGAGGGCGAGGGGGAUGGCCACGAGAGCGACAACGACGACUGA